AGUUCUCGUUUACCCCCCCCCCCCCACCACCCCUCUAUGUGCUGGUAUGUUGAAAAGCUGCUCUUAUCUUUCCUCAUCUUCAUUUACUCAAGAUAAGGCAUCACAAGAACAAAGAUGGCAUUUGGUCUUCACUGGCUGUUGUUAAUGUUUGGGAUCAGUGGACUCAUAACUGGAACUUGGGCUUUUGCCAUAAAAAGAGAUGAAGAUUGCCCACCAGGCUGGACUCGAUUGAACAAUCGCUGUUUACUCUUUCAAAAUGAGAGAUUAAACUUUGCUCUUGCCGAGACUGUCUGCAAUGUGUUUGGGGGAAAUCUGGUUUCAAUACGAACUCAGUUAGAAAAUGAAGUUGUUCGACAUGUGAUUCUUGCUGGGGGUGGAUCUUUUCUGCGUUCUUGGAUUGGACUCCAUGACCGCAUCGAGGAUGGAAGCUUUUUAUGGACAGAUGGCUCAGAUUUUGGGUUCACGGAUUGGGCUAAUAACCGUCCAAGAGAGAAUACCAAUCAAGACUGUGCAGAGAUAAACUUUCGAGCUAAGGUCUACUCUCAGUGGCAGGGAAGUAAGACCACAGCAGACCCACCCAGGGCUGAGACUGAACAACACUGGAAGAGUGUCUGGGAAAAAGAGGCGUCUCACAACACUAACGCCCAAUGGCUGGCAGACCUGCAGUCAGAACAUCUCAACAUCCCAGAACAAGACCCAGUAGUCAUCACAACAGCAGACAUCCAGACAAGACUGUCCAAAAUGAAGAACUGGACAGCUCCAGGGCCCGACAAAUUUCAUGUCUACUGGCUUAAGAAGCUAACAUCACUCCAUGAACACCUAGCAGUACAAAUAAACCAGCUGCUGACGUUGGGGACCCACCCAGAGUGGCUAACCCAAGGUCGGACAGUCCUCAUCAUGAAGGACCCCUAG